AAUUGUUAAUUUAUUAAACCGAGCUAAGAGUUUGCAUAAAUCGAAACGUAAGCUAGCAGUUCCAAGAACCAGUCCUUUGAACAGUGGCGAACCAGCUGAGCCACCUCUGAGUUUUGGCGGCAUUUGUGCGCAGCAAGGAAAAGCAAAAGGAAAGGCAGAGACCCUGAGACCCUGAGACCCUGAGACACGCGAGAGACCAUGGAAAACGCACUCUUUGCCAAUGUGCAAAAGCUGUACGAUCACAGGCUCUACGAGUCCGUCAUCCCAGCAGCCAGCCUGUUGAGCACUUUGCUGCAGAACGAUAGAGAUGUGGCCACGCUGGAGAUGGAGUACCAGGUGAUGCUCUACCUGGCCAACGCACACUACAAGGAGCGAAACUUCCGCUUGGCCCACCAGCAGCUGGAGUCCGUGCUGCACACACGCCGCACCAUGCUGCGCUUCAAGAGCGCCUGCCUGACGGCCAUCGAGAUGAUGAACAGCCAGUUCACAGACGCGGAACUCCGCUACCAGCUGGCCGUCUGCUACAAGGAGGUGGGCGAGCCGACCAAGGCCAUCAGCACGCUGCAGGCGCUGCCAGCAAAGACCCGCACGCCGCGCAUCAACCUGCUGCUGGCCCGCCUGCACCAUCACGCCUCGCCCGGCAGCAAGGGCAAGGCCGACGCUGCGCUGUCCUACAAGGAGGUGCUCCGCGAGUGCCCCAUGUCCCUGAAGUCCAUCGAGGCGCUGCUCGAGCUGGGCGUCGAUGGCAUCGAAGUCAACUCUCUGGUCAUGAACGCCGCUCCUGCGCCGCGCAACAUCGAGUGGCUGAGCACUUGGAUCAAGGGUCUGGCCUUGCUGUACGGCUGCAAGCACCUGGAGGCAUCCAGGGCCUUCCAGCGGCUGAACGACAACACCAAGCUGCGCCGCAACGAGCAUCUGCUGGUGGAGAUCGGGCGCUGCCUCUACUACUACGGCAACCAUCUGCAGGCGGAGCAGUACCUCAGCUCGGCGGUCAUGGCCUACCCCAACAACAUGGAGGCCAUCAGCCUGCUGUCCGUUGUGUACGAGCUGAACGAGCAGAGCGCCGACGAGCAGGAGAAGCUCUUCACGCGCGUGACUGCCGAUCGGGAGUUCAGCCCCGCCCACUGGUUCGUGCACGGCCAGAAGAUGUACAGCGACGCCAAGUACCAGCGCGGACUGGCCUUUGUUGAGCGCUGCCUCGACAUGGACCCGCGCCACAUCGAGGGCCACUUGCUGCGCGGCAAUCUGCUCAUCGCGCUCAAGCGGUACGGCGAGGCCAUCGUGGCGUUCCGCAACGUGCAGGGCCUGGCCUCGUAUCGCUUCGAGGUCUACAAGGGCCUCUUCCACUGCUAUGUGGCCCAGAAGCGCUUCAAGGAGGCCCAGACCAUGUGCGUCUGGGCCAUACGCAGCUUCCGCACAUCACCGCGCAGCUACACGAUGUUCGGUCGAACGCUCUUCCACUCCACCAAUCCGGUGGCCAAAAGGAGUGCCAAAAAGUUUGUGGAGCGAUCGCUGAAGAUCGACUCCAGCUACACGCCGGCGGUGGCCCUGAUGGCCGAGAUCUGCCAGUACGAGGGGGCCACCAAGGCGGCCAUCAGGCUGCUGGAGAAGCAGGUGAUCAAUUACCCAAAUCAGAAUCUCUACACCCUGCUGGGCGACAUAUUGCGCAUCGAGAAGCAGCCGUUCAAGGCCCUCGACUACUAUUAUCGAGCUCUCAGCGUGGACUCGAAAUGCGUGCGGGCCAUCAAUGGGAUAAACUCUCUGAAGUUGGGUGGCUCCGUGGGCGGAGAAGGCAGCAAGGAUGCCGCAGCCACAGCGCCGGACACGGAGCCAGGCAGAGCAGAUGGCUUGGCCACGCCCACUCCGACGCCCACGCCCAGCGAGACCGCCAACCAGGAGUGGCAGAUCGUGCACAGCAACGAGCCACUGGAGAUGUCCUCCGAGUCGGGGGCGAGUGAUAGCAAUGGCGAUGAGGCGGUCAACAUUUCGGAGCCCUUCUGGCAGGAUGUGGAGAUGCUCAGCCAGGAGUAGUCCCCCACAACCACUCAUCACACAACUAGUUAAGCGUUUUUUAAAUGUCUGAAUGUUAGUCCUUUUAUUGGGAGCUUUAGUUGUAAGAUUUUAGAAAUUGUUUAAUUGGAAUCCACACACACACACACACACACACACACAGAA